AUGAAAUCUCAAAUCUCGGAACACCAUGUCCAACAAUUAACUUCCCACACCAUAGGAAAUGCUAGAUGUGUGAGCUUCAGGCAGAGGCUCUACAACCAAUCAGGAAACUCGAAACCCGAUUUCACCCUUGACCAAUCGUACGCCGCCAAGCUGCGGGCCGGGUGCCCGAGAUCCGGUGGGGACCAGAACCUGUUCGUCUUAGACCCUGUCUCGCCUACGAAAUUCGACAACAGUUACUUCAAGAAUCUGUUGAGCAAUAAAGGCCUUUUGAGUUCUGACCAAGUUCUGGUCACUAAGAACCGACAGUCGCUCGAGCUCGUGAAGAAAUAUGCCGAGAAUAACGAGCUUUUUUUCGAGCAGUUUGCAAAGUCGAUGGUUAAGAUGGGGAAUAUUUCGCCGUUGACCGGGAACAGGGGAGAAAUCAGAAAGAACUGCAGAAGGAUUAAUGCCUAA